UCAUUAUCAUGUCUUACAUAAGGAGAUCAUCUGAAUUUGCUGCUAUUAAUAAAAUGCUGAAGGCUACUCAUGCUGUUAAUGUAGAUAUUGAUAGAAUGAUUGAUCCUGCAACCGGGAUGUUUAUUAAAGAAAAAGCUCGUGUUUAUGGGACCCACCCAGUGAUGGUGUUCACAAAUUUGAUAGGUGCGGUUAGUAAUGUGUUAAGCUCUGCCUCUGUGGCUGUCAAUGACAAUAAAUGGAUAAUUCCCUCAAACUUGUGGACCAUGAAUGUUGCGAUGAAAGGAUCUGGAAAAUCAACCUCGUUAAAAGAAAUAUCGGCGGCGUUAGAAUCUUUAGAGGUUAUUGAGCUGCAUGAAGUGUCAUGUGGAGACAGCAACUCUCAUGAUGAAAGAGAGACUCAAAGGGUCGUCCAUAAUUCUACAAUUGAAGCUUUAAUCCAGUUAAUGGGCAUCAACCAGAAUAAUGCUAUUGUUUUGAUGACAGACGAGUUUGGACAGGUUUUAAAUUUUUUUAAAACAACCAAUUUAAUAAUUUAAAUAGAUUAAAUUAAU